UGAAUCGCCAUUCGCCCUUCGCCGAUGCUCACCUCGUCGCUCCCGCCGCCCACCAUCCCGGGCUCCACCAAGCCCGCCGCGGCGCCCAAGCCCCCCAAGCUCAGGCCCGCCGCACUCUCCGCCUCCGCCCCCGCCCCCGCCCCCGCCCCCGCCGCGGCGCCCGCCGACGCGGCCGGGGCCGGCGGCCGCCUCUCGGCGCUCAUCCGCUCGCUCUGCGCCGCGGGCCGCACCGCGGAGGCCGCGCGGGCGCUGUCCGCGGCGGGGCCCGGCGCGGGCAUCGUCGCCUACAACGCCAUGGUGGCGGGCUACUGCCGCGCGGGCCAGCUGCCCGCCGCGCGCCGCCUCGCCGCCGCGGUGCCCGUCCCGCCCAACGCCUACACCUACUUCCCCGUCGUGCGGGCGCUCUGCGCGCGGGGCCGCAUCGCCGACGCGCUCGCGGUGCUCGACGAGAUGCCCCGCCGCGGCUGCGCGCCCAUCCCGCCCAUGCACCACGUCAUCCUCGAGGCCGCCUGCAGGGGCGGCGGCUUCCGGAGCGCCGUCCGGGUCCUCGGGGCGCUCCACGACAGGGGCUGCGAGCUCGACGCCGGCAACUUCAACCUCGUCCUCAACGCCAUCUGCGACCAGGGGUCCGUGGACGAGGCCGUCCGGCUCCUCCGGGACCUGCCGUCCUUCGGGUGCCAGCCCGACGUGGUGAGUUACAACGCGGUGCUCAAGGGCCUGUGCAUGGCCAAGCGGUGGGGCGACGUGGAGGACCUCAUGGAGGAGAUGGUGAGGGUCGACUGCCCGCCCAACAUCGUCACCUUCAACACCCUGAUUGGGUACUUGUGCCGGAACGGGCUGUUCGAGCGCGUGCACGAGGUGCUCGCGCAAAUGGCGGAGCACAGGUGCACGCCGGACAUCAGGAUGUACGCGACCAUCAUCGAUGGGAUCUGCAAGGAGGGGCACCUCGAGGUUGCGCAUGAGAUUUUGAGCAGGAUGCCGUCAUAUGGGCUGAAGCCCAAUGUCGUUUGCUACAACACCGUGCUCAAGGGCUUGUGCGGUGCCGAGCAGUGGGAGGAAGCUGAGGAGUUGCUGGCUGAGAUGUUUGACAAGGAUUGCCCGCUUGAUGAUGUCACGUUCAACAUACUUAUUGAUUUCUUCUGCCAGAAUGAGCUGGUCGACAGGGUGAUCGAACUUCUGGAGCAGAUGUUGGAGCAUGGAUGUAUGCCAGACGUCAUCACAUACACUACAGUGAUCAAUGGCUUCUGCAAAGAAGGGCUUAUCGACGAAGCUGUCAUGUUGUUGAAAAGUAUGGCAGCCUGCGGGUGCAAGCCGAAUACCAUAAGCUAUACUAUUGUGCUCAAGGGUUUGUGCAGCGCGGAACGAUGGGUGGAUGCAGAGGAGCUGAUGUCUCAAAUGAUUCAGCAAGGUUGUGCUCCAAAUCCUGUUACGUUCAAUACGCUCAUCAAUUUCUUGUGUAAAAAGGGGAUGGUUGAGCAGGCCAUAGAACUUCUUAAGCAGAUGCUAGUGAAUGGAUGCAGUCCUGACCUGAUUAGUUACAGCACAGUGAUUGAUGGGCUCGGCAAGGCUGGCAAGACGAAUGAAGCAUUGGAGCUGUUAAAUGUGAUGGUCAAAAAAGGGAUGAGUCCAAACACAAUUAUUUAUUCAUCAAUAGCUUCUGCUCUCUCCAGAGAAGGCAGAAUCAGCAAGGUUAUUCAGAUGCUUGACAGCAUCCAAGAUGCCACAAUAAGGUCCGAUGCAGUGCUCUACAAUGCAGUUAUUUCGUCGCUCUGCAAAAGAGGGGAAACAGAUCGUGCUAUUGAGUUUUUGGCUUAUAUGGUGUCCAGUGGAUGCAUGCCCAACGAAUCAACCUACACUAUACUUAUUCGGGGCUUAGCAAGUGAGGGAUUUGUGAAGGAGGCACAGGAGAUGCUGAGUGAGUUGUGCUCCAAAGGUGCUCUAAGAAAGCACUUGAUGAAGCAUUUCGGCAUUGUAUAAAGCAUAAACAAUUAGUUAUUACAGCCAAAUGCUGGUGUUGUUAGGAAAUCAGUUUCUUGUUAGCCUGAAGGUGGUAUUUGCUCCUCGACUUGAACUUCAGAUUUUAGAGGUUGGGUAUGAUAUUUAUGCCAUUCAAAUGCAGUUCGUGAUGGGUGGCCACAUAAGGUCAGGCUGAAAGACUGUCUCCAUGAUUCCUAAUUAGUAGCAGUUUGCGAAGCCAUUCAAACUAUUUGGUUCCCUAGUAGAAGAUUUAAUCUGACAUCAAAUUUGAAGGGA